UUUGGGCUUAUCUACAUAAGCGAUUGAUUAAAAUAAAUGAAAAAUAAAAUUCAAAAAAAUCGACCAAUAGAAUUAUAACAAUUUUUCUGAGAAGCUCUAUAUUAAUGACAUGUCAGCAAAAAUCACUAAAGUGACUUCUCUUUUAAUGUAUAGGAGGAUAUCAAUAGUAGUCUUGUUCAAUUAUGCUAUGUUACUUUAAAGUCUUAUUCAUAAAUCAUCUUUUCCUUAUUUUUUUUACCAAAAAAAAAAAAAUCUUUUCCUUAUUUUUCUAAAUCUACCCAAUCACUUUUAGCUUCCACCCACUAUGCACCUAAUACAUAUAAUUUUUAUAUUUCUUGACUUGACUUGUCAAUUUACGCGUUUUUACUGAUGUUAUUUCUUCUUCAGAUUGGAAAGUUUUGUGAUCCUUUCCUCUUCUUCGUGCUGUUAUUCAUGGCUUCUUCUUCAUCUCUAUCUCACAGUUGGUUGUAUCACGUCUUCCUGAGCUUCCGUGGAGAAGACAUGCGCAAAGGCUUUCUUAGUCACGUUCGGAAAGGGUUCGAAAGCAAGGGAAUCAUAGCUUUCGUUGAUGAAGAGAUCAAGAGAGGCGAAUCUGUCCGUACCGUCCUUGUAGGAGCGAUCAGACAAUCAAGGGUUGCCGUUGUCUUGCUCUCCCCUAACUACGCUUCAUCAAGCUGGUGUCUUGACGAGUUGGUGGAAAUCAUGAAGUGCAGGGAAGAGUACCAACAGACAGUGAUGACCAUUUUCUACGAAGUGGAUCCAUCUGAUGUUAGGAAGCAGACCGGAGAUUUCGGGAAAGCCUUCGAUGCAACCUGUGUGGGAAAAAUAGAAGAGGUGAAGCAGGCAUGGAGGCAAGCUUUGACGGAUGUCGCGGGUAUAGCUGGUUACCACACUAGCAACUGUGACAAUGAAGCUGAAAUGAUCAACAAAGUUGCCUUAGAUGUUACGGCUGUGCUGGGGUUUACACCAUCAAAAGACUUUGAUGACUUUAUUGGCAUAGAAGCUCGUAUGAUGGAGAUAAAGUCUAAAUUGAUCCUACAAUCAGAAGAAGUUAAAGUGAUUGGGGUUGUGGGUCCUCCCGGGAUAGGUAAGACGACCAUUGCCACAGUUUUAUACAACCAAAUCUCUCCUGGUUUUCCGUUCAGCACGUUUUUGGAAAAUAUAAAAGGAAGUUAUGAGAAGCCUUGUGGUAACAACUAUAGGUUGAAGUUGCGUUUGCAGAAAAACUUGUUGUCUGAAAUAUUCAACCAAAGGGAUAUUGGGGUCUGUCAUUUGGGAGUGGCUCAAGAAAUGCUGGGUGACAAAAAAGUGUUGGUUGUUCUUGAUGAAGUGGGUAGCUGGUGGCAACUAGAGGCAACGGCUGACCAGAGUGGAUGGCUGGGUCCCGGAAGUAUUGUUAUCAUUACAACUGAAGACAGAAAACUUCUCAAGGCACUCGGACUCGGGAUCAAUCAUAUCUACGAGAUGGAAUUUCCAACUUCAAGUGAGUCUCUGCAGAUCUUCUGCCAAUAUGCUUUCGGUAAAAAUUCUCCAGAUAAUGGCUUUGAAUGGCUUGCUUGGGAAGUUACUGGACUUUCUGGUGAUCUUCCUCUAGGACUGAGAUUCAUGGGAUCGUAUCUACGAGGAAUGUCCAGGGACUACUGGAUAGACGCACUACCAAGGCUCAGGUCUAGCCUUGACACAGAAAUUGAAUCAACUUUAAGAUUUAGCUACGACGUCCUAAGUGAUAAAGAUAAAGCUCUUUUCCUGCAUAUUGCAUGUUUCUUUUCGUGUUUCUUUUGUGAAGUUGAUAGCUUUAAGAGUUGUCUUGAAAAAAGUGGUUUGGACGUCAACCAUGGGCUUCAAGUCUUAGCUCAUAAAUCUCUUAUAUAUAUAGAGAAAGGAUACGUAAAGAUGCAUUGUUUGCUGCAACAAAUGGGCAGAGAAAUUGUCAAGAAAGAGUCUUUAGAGGAGCCUGGGCAUCGACAGUUCUUGAUGGAUACCAUGGAGAUUUCUGAUGUACUUGAAGAAGAUACUGGUACUGGAAAAGUUCUAGGCAUAAUGCUGGAUACUUCAAACAGCGAGAAAAUCCAAAUAAGUAAAAGCGCUUUCCAAGGGAUGAAUAAUCUCCAGUUUCUAUAUGUCAGGUCUAAUACCUUAUGCAUACCCGAAGGCCUCAUCUGCCUCCCCCACAAACUCAGACUUAUAGAUUGGAACGGCUGUCCUUUAAGAUUUUGGCCUUCCAAGUUCUCUGGGAAGUUUCUUGUUGAACUAAUCAUGUCAAAUAGCAAAUUUGAGAAGCUUUGGGAGGGAAUCAAGCCUCUCUAUUGCCUCAAGCGGAUGGACUUGAGCUUCUCCAAGUCUCUGAAAAAGAUUCCAGAUCUCUCAAAAGCAACGAGUCUCAAGGAAAUAAAUUUCCAUUGCUGCGAAAGUUUGUUAGAGCUCACAAGCUCUAUUGGCAAUGCCACUAAGCUUACAUUCUGCUACCUUACGGGUUGUUCGCUUUUGAAGGAGCUCCCCUCUUCUAUCGGUAGCUUAAUCAAUCUCGAGAAGUUAGACUUGAGAUAUACUGCAAUAGAGAAAAUGCCAUCAUCAUUCAGCACUUGGUCUUUGCUUUAUGAAUUGGAUAUUAGUGGGUGUAAAAACAUCAAAGACUUCCCAGAUGUUCCUGACAGCAUUGUAGAGUUGGCGUUGUCCGGUACAGGGAUAGAGGAGGUUCCUCCAUUGAUUGGGAAUCUAUUUCGUCUGCGUAAACUAUUUAUGUAUGGAUGCGCCGAGCUGAAAACUAUAUCUCCAAACAUUUCUAAGUUGGAGAAUCUUGAGUUUCUUGCUCUGUUUAACCAUUGUGGGACUGAGCGUGAUUAUGAAAGGUUCCCUAUACUUACUUAUCCUAGCAUAUUUAGAGCAGUUAUUAACUGGAAGGGUGACUUAUUAAAGCGCCGUUGGGAAUUACAAUCAGACUUCAAGGUUCACUACCUUUUUCCUAUAUGUCUACCGGAGAAGGCUCUUUCAUCUCCAAUAUCACUUAGUUUAACCAGUGAUAGUUUGGAGACUAUUCCAGAUUGCAUCAGAAGUCUCUCGCGGCUAAUUGAGCUUGACAUCAGAGCAUGCGAAAAGCUCGUAGCACUUUCACCGCUCCCAGGUUCCCUUCUAUCUAUAGAUGCAGGAGAUUGUGAAUCAUUGAAGAGAAUAAACUCUUCUUUUCAAAAUCCAAAUAUUUGCCUAAACUUUUCUCACUGCAUAAACCUGAAUCAAGAAGCUCGAAAUCUCAUCCAUGCAUCAGCUUGCAAAUAUGCAUUCUUACCGGGUGAAGAAGUGCCUGCACACUUCACUCACCGAGCCAGUUCAGGUUCCCUAACGAUCAAUUCGACUCCAACACUUCUUCCUUCAUCCUUCAGAUUCAAAGCUUGCAUCUUGCUGUCAGAAGGUUAUUUUCCUGAGGAUACAUUGGUGGAUGUAUCUGUUCGCGUCAGGAGUAAACAGAAUGGCCUCAUCGUCGGACGUGGUGGAUCAACCCAGCUCCAUAUUCCAUAUCUACGUCGAUAUGAAGAGCAUUUGUAUAUAUUUGAGGAUUCUUUCUCUCUAAACCAGGAUUCCCCUGAAGCCGAAGAAACCACUUUUAGCGAGCUUACUUUUGUGUUUAGACUCUAUGAUAAAACCUGCAAGGUCAAAGGCUGCGGUGUACGAUUUUUCGAAGGGAUUCAAUGUAUUACUGAUGGAAAUGAAGAUGAUGAUGAUGAUGAUGAUGAUGAUGAUGAUGAUGAUAAGGAUGGUGACGGAGAUGAAAGUGCUGAUGAUGUUGAAGAUUCAAUAAGAUAGAUAUUUUGUUUCAAUUAUAGAAAGAAGAAAGGAAAAUGAGAUACGAAGAUAGUACCAAUACCAAGAGACUUAUAUUGGUCUUAGAGUCUUUGCAGUCAAGAGAAGCAGUUCAAGUAUAAAGCAAACGAUGUCUUGAGUUUCAAUCGUCUGGGUUAGGCCAGCCAUUCUCAAUAUCUGGAUGUACUCACGUGUAAUUCGUUUUCCUUUCACUGAAUAAAUUGUGGUAUGUGUGUGAGAGUUUAUCAGUAUGCACACUAUAUCAAGCUUCUUACAGUCUCAACGUGCAUCAAAAAGCAAAAAAAAUCUCAUCCAGACAUUAGAUCGCGAAUCUUCACUCGUACUGGGUGUAGAAGUGCCUGCACUGACUGCACACUUUACUCACCAAUCUACUUCAGGUUCCCAAACGAUCAAUUUGACUCCAGAAUCUCUUCCUUCAUCCUUCAGAUUCAAAGCUCGCAUCUUGCUGUCAAGAGACAAACAUUUUGUUUUGUUCUGAAAGAAAAAGGAUUUCAGUGAUGUAAAUAUUUGCUUAAUCCAAAGACAAGUCAAUACUGUUAAUCUUUUAUCAACCGCUUGUGUUACACAACGAUCACAGUGUGUUACACACGAGUUCGAGAGAAAGAAUAAGAUAGACGUUUCAGGCUUAUAAACUUUUCUGAAAAUACUUUUGUAUUAUUAAGAUUCGGUGAUGAUGUUACAACAAAUGAUUGAUCUUUAUA